AUUCUAGGAAAAAUGAAUACCAUCAAAAUAUUUUUCCCGUCUAUUGAAUAAGUUACAAAACGUUCAUAAAUACGGACGAAAUUUUCCACUAGAAAAUUACUGAAAAAGACUGAGCUAAAAGAAAUCCUCUGGCAGCAAAUUAAAGGAAGGUUCGUCAAGUUAGUAGUUUCGUAAAGAGCUGUUUCUUGGCAGAUGGAUUCUACUUUGUUAUUAAGACAACUUUGCAUGGUGGUCGCUUUGUCGUGCUUUGGAGUAUACGUCGUUAAAAGUGACUCAACAAACGAAGAGCUUCGAGAAUACUUAAAACAUUUCAACAGUAAUCGACACCAUGUGACAAACCCUGAUGGCAAGACACAUGCACGUGACUUCAUCCGGGACACAUUCAAUUCCUUUGGACUUCAUACUUGGACGGAAUCGUUCCUUCCCAAGCCUCCUGAUAAAGAGGUAGCUACAGGAGAAAAUAUCAUUAGCUUGUUACCUGGGAGAUUUGCUGGUACACGUGACGACAGGCUGAUCUUGAUUGGCUCACAUUAUGACACCAUGCGCAGAACCACAGGAGGUGUUGACGACAACGGAUCAGGCGUGGUUGCCUUGCUGCGAGUAGCAAGACUGCUGACCGCCAAAUGGGCCAAAUGCACUCGUGAAUAUUCUGUCAUGUUUGUCGCCUUUGACUUUGAAGAGUGGGAGAACAGCUUAUUACCAGGCUGCGCAUGUUCAAGUUUAGGGUGUGGAAGCCGUGCUUUUGUGGGCAACUUCAGUCAGUAUUACAAUCUGUUCCCCAACAUGUCUAUCGCUCGUUACGGUCAGCUUCAGGGUGCUAUUAUCAUGGACACUAUGAUGAACUACAACUCCACUCCUUAUUCCCAGCACAUGGAACCGAAGGAGCAGCAAUUAAUACAAMAAGUAUUCCCAGAACAGUACAAUGCCAUCGCUAAUAACCGCUUUAAAGGGGACUUCUUAAUCCUUGUAGGACGAUAUUUAAACGAUGACCAGUUGAUUAAUGCUUUUUCCUAUUACUACAAGAAAGAUAAACCAAAGUACAAGCUGCAAGUUUUUCCACUUCCUUUUGAUGGACCACCAAGCAAAAUUCUUAACACUGAUAAAUUGUCCCCGUUCCUCAGGAGCGAUCACGUCAGUUUCUGGAACAGAACUACAUCCAACAGAGCCAUCUUCUUGAGCGAUACGGCAAACAUGAGAAGCUACAUGACAACCUGUUAUCAUGAGGACUGCGAUAACAUGAAUCACGUGACUGACGACUUCCUUGGAUUCUUGUCCAAGUCAUGUGACACAAUCGUCAUGACAACUGAUGAUCUAACUAAAGCCAGAUGUAAGACGAAUUCACCACCUCAAGAGAGUUCUGAAAUGUCUACAGGUGGUAGUAUAGUACUAGGCAUGUUUAUUAGCUCAGUGAUAGCCGCUAUUGGUGCUUGCUGCUGGUGUUGCAGAAAGAAAAAGUUCAAUGAUGAUUUGGUGGCGAACGAAGAAUUGCCGAAUCGAAGCGCUACGAACCCUGUGUUUGUGGGUAGUGAAUCAGAAGGAACCGGAAACACAGGAACCGGAAACACAAGAACCGGAAACACAAGAACCGGAAACACAGGAACCGGAAACACAGGAACAGAAACAGAACCGAAUGUAUAUGAAGCAGUAGAGCCGAGAUGGAAUAUAAACGAGGCGUCAGUCAGAAGACCUGCAACGAGAAAGCCUGGAAAAAGCGGCACUUCUGAAACGCAGGGGACUGGAUCAAGAGGAAGCGGAAACCACGGGCGUGACUCCAUUGCUUAGAUUCUUAAAACCGUUAAGUUUAGGAGCAAGGCUGCUGCAUCACGUCAUAGCGUAGGACACAAUAAUGACAGACCUAGGGUCCAAACUAAGUGAAAGCCCAAAAAUGACAUUAGAUUUUAAGGGGGAAGGCAUCCGGAUAGCCCGCUAGAAAUAACAAAACUUGCACAGACCGAAAGAGCAACCAAUACUAUAUAUCUCUGCAAAGUUCUAGCUAAAAGAAGUUUUAGUUACGGAGUUACGAGCGAUUGAUUACACUCAUAAUCACAUCCUUUUUGUAAUCACUACCAAAUCCUGCAAUCUGAUUGGUUCAAAGGAGUGCGAUUAAUUCCCAAAUCGCAUCCUUAGGAGCUCUUAAUCGCAUUCUAAAAAAAAAAUUUUAAACAAUAAAA